AUGAGGAACGAACAUAAGGCCAUCCAGAUCACCAGACAAGUAAUAGAAGUACAUCACAGAGGCGGAUUCGAGAUCCGUAUUUGGUCGUCGAAUUCGGAAGAUGUACUUAAAAGCUUGCAGGAUAAUGGCAACGUUGGAAGCCAAAAGCCCGUGGAUUUUUAUUCAACAGAAAAGAUACUUGAUAUGUCCUGGGACCCACAUAAUGAUAUGUUCAAGUUUAUCGUCAGAUUUUUAAAGCUGACGCGUGAAGUGCUUGCGGAAAACGCAGUCCCUACCAAGCGAGAAGUACUACAAGUUCUGAUGUCGAUUUUCGAUCCAUUGGGAUUUUUAUCAUGCCAGACGAUUGGGCUAAAAAUACACCUUCAGCACAUAUGGUGGCAAAAUUUUGAAUGGGAUCAAGAGCUACCUGAAAGAAUGCUAGAAGAAUGGCGCCAAUGGAAAACCAUUUUGCAAGAGAUAGGGACUAUCGAGGUCCCUAGAUGCUUUGCCCCAGCCACCUCGGAGCCAGGUCAAGUUGGACUCCACACAUUUUUCGACGCCUGCGAGCAAGCGUAUUCUGCAGUCUGCUACUUGCGUGGGGCAACGGAUGACAAAGUCGUCAUGUCGUUGGUUAUACCGAAAUCCAAGAGAGCACCUUUAAAACCACUAUCGAUUCCGCGUAUAGAGCUGCAAGCAGCAGUUAUGGGAGCACGUUUAGACCACAUGGUGAUGAGCACACGCAACCUACGAAUCGACAAAGCCACAUACUGGUCGGACUCCAAGACAGUGUUGCAGUGGUUAACUAUGGACCCCCGCAACUUUCAUCAGUUCGUGAUGUACAGAGUCGCCGAAAUUCUGGAAACAACACUGGUCAAGCAAUGGCGGUGGAUUUCUUCAAAGCUGAACGUAGCAGAUGGCGCUACCAAGGUCACCGGGCAAACCCAGCAAGAGACGUGGAUAACGGGCCCGGAGUUCCUGAAGACCGAUGCAAGCAACUGGCCAACAUCCAAAAAGCAGGAGAGCAUCAUGGGUACUUCGUAG